AUGCCAGAAAUUAUUGGAUCUUCAACUGCGUCCAAGCAAUCUCUUGGUUUCAACGUUUCGUUAUUAAAAGGAGGUACUAUUAGUCAAACAAUCAUUGGUGCUAUCAUCUCUGGUUUGGUUAUUGCUUCCACAGUAGCCACCAUCUUGAUGGUGUCCUUGAUUUCCUAUCAAAGACCAGUUGCUGUCAAUGAUUUAGCUUCCACCUACAAGAAUAUUCCAUUGACCAUCAAUGUUCUUUCCAAUGAUUAUGAUCCUAAAGGAGCAAACAUUUCAUUGGUUCAAUUUGUUGUCUAUCCAAAUCAUGGUUCAGCCUCAAUUCAGUCCAAUAGUCAAGUUCUCUACAAGUCAAAUGGUACUUUUGCUGGAAAUGACACUUUCAGUUAUCAAAUUACUAAUGGUUACAAGACAGCAAAUGCAUCUGUUACUAUUCAAGUUUUGAAUCGUCCACCAGAAGCCGUUCCUAUUCGUGUAACUGUCAGUAAGAAUGCCAAGAAUUCAGUAAUCAACAUUUUUGAUUAUGUUGGUGAUAAUGAUGAGAAGAUUAAUGAUCCAGAUAAUGGUGAUUUAAUUCAAGCAGUUUCUUUCACUAAUCAAACUAUUGUUAGUGGAAAUAGUGCUGAAACUGGUUCAAUUUCUGUUGAUCCAGCUAAUGGUUUCUAUUAUACUCCUGCAUAUGGUUUCAAUGGUGUUGAACAAUUUGCCUAUUCCAUUUCUGAUGGCUAUGACACUUCGAGCUCUAUAAUUACUGUCACUGUCUCCAACGAUCCUCCAAUUGCUGUUGAUGAUACUUACAGAAUUCCUAAAUUCCGUUCAUUGGUUUUGGAUGUUUUGGCUAAUGACUAUGAUAUCAAUGGUGAUGAUUUCAAUAUUACAAGUGCUUUGGGUACUGGUUAUGGUGCUAUCAAUGUUGGUGAAAAGAAGAUUACUUACAUUACAAGUGGUAGUGUCAAUACCAAAUAUUCUGAUUCGUUUGAAUAUACCAUUUCAGAUGGUGUUGCUACUUCAUCUGGUAUUGUUGUAAUCUCAGUUUACAAUCAAAAUCCAGUUGUCUAUUCUAAAACUGUCACUGUUGCCAAGUCAUCCACUAAUAAUUCAAUUACUAUUGAUUAUUAUGAUGCAGAUGGAAAGGAUUUGAUCGUUCCAAGUACAAUCACUCCUUCUCUUGCAUCUGUUUCUUCUUCUUUACAAAAGACUACUAAUUAUGUCAAUAUUUUCUUUGAUUGUUGUGAUUGGCUUAGUGUUGAAACAAACAAUUACACUAUCCUUUUCACACCAGUUUCCAAUCAAGUUUACACUCAAACUUUCACUGUUGUCAUGUCAGAUGGUGAAGGUACAGGAAGUGGUAUAAUCACCAUCAACGUUGUCAAUACUCCACCUGUUGCAGUUGAUGACCUUGCCGAAUGUAAUAAGAAUCUUCAAGUUUAUGUCAAUCUCGUUGCCAAUGAUUAUGAUAUCAACAGUGGUGACACUGCAAAGAUCGUCUUGUCAAGUGUUGGUUGGAAUUCCACAACAUUGAAUGGAGGAAGUUUGACCCUCUUCAAUGAAACACAUGCUCUCUACUCAGCUCCAAAUGGUUUCUUGGGAACUGACGUUGCUCAAUAUGUAAUUUCUGAUCAAAGUCUUGAUGCUAAUGGUAAUGCUGAUCCAACAAGUUUCUCAAAGGGAAAGCUCACUGUUACUGUUAUCAAUAAUCCACCAACUCCUGCCGAUGAUACAUUCGAGAUUUCAAAGGGUGUUACUUCCAUUUUGAAUGUUUUGGAUAAUGAUUCUGAUCCAAACGAUGGUCUUGGUUCAGUAUUUAUUGUAAACUUUGUUUCUGCUUCUACAAUUAAGAAUAUUCAAGCUACUAUUGUACCUGGCACUAAGAAUACUUUGUCAUAUGCUGCUUCUAAUGCUGAAUAUACUGAUUAUUUGACCUAUGAUGUCACCCAUCAAGAUGGUUUGACUUCAACUUAUAGAGCUACAGUUACUUUACAAGUUGUUAACGAUGCUCCUGUUGCUGUUGAUGAUUCCUACUCCACAUUGUGGAAUAGAUCAGUUGAUUGCUCUGUAAAGGAUAACGAUUCUGAUAAGAAUGGUGAUUUGACCACAUCCACUGUUCACAUUACCACAAAUCCAACUCAUGGUUCUGUUGUUGUAUUGGGAAGUGUUGUCAGAUACACACCAACUGAUGGUUUUGUUGGAACUGAUUCUUUCACUUACAAGUUAAAUGAUGGAACUGACUCCUCUGUUGGAACUGUCACCUUGUCAGAUUCCAAGACUAUCAAAUUUAUUCCAAACACUGUCUCUGCCACUGUUGGUUCAAAGUCAUUCACUUACUAUGCUUAUGAUUACAAUAAGAAAACUCAAGGAACUGUCAACGUUCAAGUGACCAAUACUAAACCAGUUGGUACAGGUGAAUCAUACACUCUCCAUUGGGCUGCUCCUGCAACCUUGUUCUCAGUUUUGGACAAUGACAUGGAUCCAAAUGGAGAUCCAAUCUCACUCUACUCUGUUAGUGGAAGUACUGCUGCUUCUGUUAGUGGAUCUUCUGUUAAAUAUACUGCCAAGAAGAAUGGAUUGGCUGAUACUUUCCAAUAUGUUAUUACUGACACUGUUUCACAAUCUGAUACAAUUACUGUUAACGUUGGUUUUACUAAUAAUGAUGUACCAAGUGCUUCAAAUGUUGCUACUUCUGUUCAUUGGAGAACUUUGUUGUCUCAAUCUCUUAAUCAAGAUUUCACUACAGCAACUACCAAAUGGAAAUCAUCUGUUUCUGUGGAUUUAUCAUCAGGUGCUUGUACUGAUUCUGAUUCAUUGGAUACUGCCUACUUCAAUGGAGCUACUUCAAGUGUUGUUGGUGGAAGUGUUUCAGUUUCGAAUAAGAUUGUUAGUUAUACUCCUUCUGCAACUUCUUUAACCUUUACUGGUUCUAAUGGUGCUUACUCUGCUACAGGUUCUUUCAAAUUCCAAUGUACUGAUGGUAUGUUAACUGCCAAUAAUCCAGGAACUGUCACUGUAACUGUCACUAACAAUGCUCCAACAGGUACUGGAAAAUCCACAUCAAUUGACAGAGAUUACACAACCUCUACUUAUGAUUUCACUUGGGCUCAAAUUGCCACAGUUUCAGAUGCUGAUGGAGAUUCCAUUUCUUAUACCAAUUUCGUUUCUUCUGAUUCAAGUAUUACAGUUUCUAAUAUUGGAACUGGUAUCAGAUUGACCACCAGUAACAAACUCAUCCUUGGUCUCAAGACAAUUCAAUUCAGAUUAUUCGAUGGUCUUCAUUACAGUACAUCAAAUCUCACAUUCAGUGUCACUUUCCUCAAUUCUGCUCCAAUCUGUUCUUCAAGCUCAAUUGACUUGUUAAAGAAAGGUUCAAUUGACUUGGCCACCUUAUUCAGCGCCACCGAUUCCAACAAUGAUCCAAUCACCAACACCAUUACCAAUUCCAUCUCUUCAACAUUUGGCACCUUGACAGGAACUGUUUUCAAAGCUUCAUCCACUAACAGUGGAACUUUCCAAGUCACUUACACUAGCACCGAUUCUCAAGCUACGAGUAGCAGUGCCUGUUCAGUGACUGUUAAUAUUUAUAAUCAAAUUCCGGUUGCAAAUGAUGUGACUUUUACGGUGGUUCCACUUGCUACGAGCAAUGUCCAUACUUUUGGUUAUACGGCCACAGAUGCUGAUGGUUCUGAUGUGUUGACUUUCAGUCAAACUGGUCAUAGUUGUGGCUCAAUUGUGUCAAGUUUGACUAUUUCUACUUCUGGAGUUGUCACUUUUACAAGAUUGCCAACUGUCAUUACUGGAACUUGUACAAUGAAUGUUAAGGUUUCGGAUAACAAUUUACCAACUAAUGGAGUUGAUACUGCUGUCAUUACAUUUGUCUUGUCACCAUCAACACCAACUGCCAAUGAUGACAGAUUUGAAAUUAAUCAAGGACAAACUAUUAGAAUCUACGUCUGGCAAAUUCUCCAAAAUGAUAUUGAUGAAUUUGGUUCAAAUACUACCUUGAAAUUAACCUCAAUUUCUUGUCCAAAUUCCAAUUACUGUCACAAGACUCCAAGAUUAGUGACAGUUAAUGGAGUUGCUGCUAUCGAAGUUGAUUCUGACACCACAACCUGUCAAGCAGAUAAAUUCCAAUACACAAUGAUCACUUCAUUCAACGUCUCUAGAAACGCAACUGUCUACAUUGAAUUCAAGAAUUGUUACUGCACUGCCAAGAUUGACUUUGUCUUUUUACUUGAUGCUUCUGGGUCAAUUGGUACAACCAAUUAUAAUUCAAUGAGAACUUUGUGUAAACAAAUUACAGGAAGAAUGUCCAUCUCAUCAGAUUCCAUAUUGGUUUCCAUUGUAAGAUUCCACUCGAAUGCAACACUUGCUUUGAAACUUUCGAAUGACGGAACAACAAUUAAUAAUACCUUAACUAAUAUGGCUUAUGAAGCCUCUUCAACUGGAACUAUUCCUGGAUUGAGAGUUGCUGUAGAUGCUUUGAGACCUGCCAAUGGAGGUAGAGAUGAUGCUGAUAAGGUUAUUUUCAUUUUGACUGAUGGUGUUGCCAACGUUCCAUGUUCAUGUGGUGAUUGUAGAAAUGAAUACCAAGCAAGACCAAGUCUCUUCUCCAACUCUAUCCAAACCAAUAUCUUGAACAAGUACACUGGUUCUGCUUUGAACACUCAAUUGAAUGAUAUUUGUGCCUACAAGUAUAAUGAUACAUCAGUUCUCAAUGGAACUCAAUGUGAUUAUUGUAGUACUUCCAAAUCUGCUUAUUGUUUGCCAUGUGCUGAUGCUCUUCCUGCAGCUCAAAAGAUUAAUAGUUGGAAACGUAAUGCUAGUGGAGUUGUUCCAUAUGAUUUGGAUAAUCCUUACAAUGGAAAUAAUAAGGUCCAAUGGAAAAUUGUGGCUAUGGCCGUUGGUUCUGCCAUGUCCAACACUUGGGGUGCUAGACAAAUUAGAGGAAUGAAUUAUGAUCCAGCGAGAGCCAUGACAGUUUCCUGGACUGAUUUAUCAUCAACCAUGAAUGAAAUUGUCGAUCAAUCUUGUAACCAAGUUUCAACCGUUGUGGAUGCUUAA